AUGUGGUUCUCGGCUCGACGACAAAAGCUGCAGCUACUUGUUAUCAUCUUCUUCAUCUUUGUAGCAUUUGCAGCGUCUAACGCUGCCUGGAUGCUCUGGGCCACGCUGGUCAUUUUCCUUACAAUGCUUCUCAUGACGGAUCUUCUAUUUCUAAAUGAAGGAGAUUUCAAAUACGAUCCAGAUUACAAGAAUUGGGCACGUGCCGUGGACCCAAAAUAA